GGAGGCUGCGAGCUGCCGCGAUCGAGCCCGUGAUCGUCCUCCCGAGCCGUGUCCCUGGGGCUGGACGGCCUGGCCUCCGGCCGCCGCAGCCGCCUGUGAGGAGCGCGGAGCCUCCCGGACGCGGGCGCCUCCCCUUAGCUGCCCGCCGCCCUGCCUGCGCCGCCUCCUCGCGCGCGUGAGACUCUUCCCCCAGGCCUCGAGCCUGGCCGAGCCACUGCUUCUGCUUUCCAGCGUGCUAUUUGCAUCGUUUGGCGUUUGGCUUCGGUUAAAGUCGGGACCUCCUCGAAGAAGGACUUGUUGGUUUUGGUGUUAAGUUUUUUUGUUUGUUUCCAACAUGGCAGCCUCCAGCCGCGCACAAGUGUUAGAUCUGUACCGGGCGAUGCUGAGAGAGAGCAAGCAUUUCAGCGCCUACAAUUACAGAAUGUAUGCUGUCAGGAGGAUAAGAGAUGCCUUCCGAGAAAAUAAGAGUGUAAAGGAUCCUGUAGAAAUUCAAGCCCUGGUGAAUAAAGCCAAAAGAGACCUUGAAAUAAUCCGCAGACAGGUCCAUAUUGGCCAGCUGUAUUCAACUGACAAACUUAUCAUUGAGAAUCAAGAGAAGCCCAGGACAUAGGAGCCCAACAUUUGGAAACGGCCUCCAGCAGCAGAACCGACCACCUUCAGCAUCCAUUCUGUGUGGUGUGGAAACUCCCAGUGCUGGCUGAACACAGCCUCUUGCUCUGCCUGCCUUGUAGGAGCUGAUAAACUGGGUCACAUUUGCAUCCUGUCACAGCCAUAAAGGGAAGAAAUGGCUGUGACUCCUCAAUCCAGGCAUUAGAAGGAAGAGCUGGAGGCCACUCAGAAUAACGCCAUGUGUUGUCGUGUCUCCUCUCCAUCCUCCCAUCUUACAGAUCACCCAUGUGUAGAGCUUUUGCAGACUUUGUGUCUCCGUCCUUAAAAAUAAACAGAAUUAUCUCCCUGUCCUUUUGUACCAAAUAAACCCAUUAUAAUGAAUGUGCAUUUAUUUCCUGAUCAGAUUGGGACUGUAGAAGUGGGAACCCAAAAGGAAGGCCCCACCAUCGGCUGAAGAUUGCCUUAGUGAAGGCAAGUCCAGGCACCAGUUCAGACACAGGCAAUAAGGACGCAGAUCAAGAUGAGCACAGGUACAGCCCCAUCACGCAGAUCUACAAGUUCAGAAUACCAAGCCUCUCCACAACCUGUGCCUCCACAACCUGUGCACACUGGAAUCCUACUUCUGGCAGUCCCCGAGGGAGGCCAUGAACGUUGAAGUCCAGGAAGUGCCACGUGUAGCUGUGCAGCCCAGGUUCGAUGGACACUGGGGACACCAGGAGUGCCUUAUGAAUGUACAUUACCUACUCCACUUAGCACCUUAGAGUCAUCAGGGAAUCAAAGUGUGUUAAGGGGAGAUGGCUCAGUGCUUAAGAGUACAUUUUGAUCUUGUCGAGGACCCAGGUUCUAGUCCCAGUACUGGGCCUGGUGGCUGCCAACCGUCUAUAACUCCAGUUCCAGGGAUCUGAUGCCCUGUUCAGACUGCUGCAGUCACCAGGUACACACAUGCAGGCAGAAUACUCGUAAGAAAUAAACCUUAAAGUUACUUUUUAAAAUAAUAAAGAUAAAAUACCAUUUUCUGGGAGAUGUGACGAUCAGCCGUCCAGCAGCAACCAGGUACUAAAGAUGUCGUAUGUUGUAGAAAUCCAUUCCUUCCGGGCACAUACUACACAACUCUCUUAACUUCUGGGAGUUCUAGGGACCUAUCCCACUGGAAGAAUUUCUUCUCAGACCUGAGUAGACUCUGGAUUCACGUCAGAGCUGGAGCAGGCGUGAGAGUAGUGAAGGUCCUACAGGAGCUAGACAGGGUGUCACCAAUUCUUGUGGCAUUCGUGUGGAUCCAGGACAAGCAGUCUAUCACCCUACCUUAAAAGUCAUGGAAGUUGGGUUAGGGGUGUGACUCCAUCUACAGUGUAGUGCUUGCCACACAAGCCUGAGGACCUGAGUUAAUAUUCCCAGCACCCAUGUUGUAAAAGGCUGGGCACAUCAGCACGGUAACCCUGGAGGAGGAGGGGCAGACAGGCAAAUCCUGGGAGCUCACAGGCCAGCCAGUGUAGCUAAAGUGGCCAACUAGAUUCAGUUCAUCCAACAUUAACAGUGAUUGAGGAAGACACCCAAAUGACAUCAGCCUCUGACCUCCACAUGCAUGCACACUUGUGUGUGUACCCACAUGAACAUAUACACAUGCAUGUACCACACAUGAAGUCAUGGGUGAGCCAGGUGUGAGGCUACACAUCUGUAAUCCUUGCACUGAGUCUGGGGUAGUUUUACAUAAAAAUUAUAAGUGAGCACAGACUACAUAUAGCCUGUCACGGGUGUUCACCCUGGUGUCUGUGCAGUAUAGAUUCUGUCAUGGUAGUAACCCACAGACAUUCUCUUUUGCAAUACAACUUUCUUUUUUUUUAACUAGUGUGCAAAAUAAUGGGUUUCAUCUUAGUGUUCUUGCUGUGAAGACACAUCAUAAUCAUAGCAGCUCUUCUCUUUUUUCUUCUUUCCCCAAAACAGGGUUUCUCUGUGUAACCUCUCGCUGUCCUGGAACUCACUCUGUGGAUCAGGCUGGCCUCAAAUUCAGAGAUCCACCUGCCUCUGCCUCCUGAGUGCUAGGAUUAAAGGCGUGUGCCAGCACCACUCAACUACACGGAACUCUUAACAAGGAAAGCAUUUAAAUGGGGCUUGCUUACAGUUUCAGAGGUUUUGUCCAUUGUUACCAUGGCGGGGAGCAUGGUGGCACAUGGGCAGACAUGGUGCUGGAGAGUAAUUAAGAUUUCUACAUCUGGAUCUGCAGGCAACAGAAGAAGAGAGAAACACUGGUACUGGCUCGGGCAUUUGAAACCUUAAAGCCCACCCCCAGUGCCACACUUCCUCCAACAAGGCCACACCUAAUUCUCUCAAGUAAUGCCACUCACUGACGACCAGGCACUCAAAUAGAUGAGCCUCUGGGGGCUGUUCUUACUCAAACCACCACAGGUUUCAUACCUGUGUGUCAUACUUGGUUCUCAUCCAUCCAGUUCUGCAACUCUUGAUCUCAGAAUUAAGUCUUGCACACCUGUAAGUAGUAAAAAUCAUUGGACGUCUUGAAUCUGAUAGCACUGGGUCCACUCCCGGGAGCUGAGGUGUUCAAAAAGCAGGGCAUGCAGCCUUGGUGAGCGAACGUGAUAUGAGAAGUGUGUUCUCACCUUGCGGCUGACCUGUGGAGCAGUGUCAUCCAGCCCCGGUGGAGGAGGCACUUGAUAAAACAAACGGUCACUCACCAUCUAACAGCAAUGCUGUGGGCAGUGCUCUCAAUUUAAGUAGCUGUAUUGUGUAAUCUAAGUCAUCCCCCUGAAAGUGUCACAUUGCAAGCAGAAUGGCAGCUCCGUGGGAGACUCCCCACAGGAUCGCGUCCACAGACAGUCAUGGAAUAAACCUGGCUUGUUCUGCAAACCGUUCACAGCUGGCUGCUUUUGUGUUAAUUAAACCUCCUAAAUGGGUUUGGACAUGCCCACGGCUUGAUAAUACAGAACUAAUUCUUGUAACUUAGAUCAAAUUAACUCCAUAUUUGGGGAUCUGCACAGAAAACAGGAGAAUUGAGCUAGAAAAGCCCACAAACAGGAGUGGGCUGAGCAGAGCCUCACGUUGGGUGUCCCGCAGAUACACGGGACUGCAACUUGAUUCUCGGGCUUCAGAAAAAGUGGCAUUUAACUGAUUGUGUAAUGCAGCCAUCUGUCUUCCUAAUAGCCCCAACUGUAGAGCUUGGGUCAGGCCAUGUGAUGGAGAAGUUGGACCACUUGCCCGGGGCCAUCUCAACUUUCCCAGAGUAUGCGACUUCUCUCAAGAUGCCACCGUCUUGAGAGAUGACAGGUCUCUCCGUGUCAGCAGCUGCAGAUGAAAAAUGCCACCAAAAGUUUACCUCUCCAGAGGCAAAAACCACUUGCAAAGCAGCCAUUUCCUAGACCUGCAGAUGGCACUGGCUGGGCCUAUCUGGUUCUUUAACUCUGGUUCUAGAGGAACGGUAUGUAGAUAGGUGUGAAGCUAUGUUGCUCUGAUGGCCCUUGUGGUCUAGAUGGUGGAGCAAGAGAGCGUCCUUGGGCUGUGACAUAGAUUGAUUUGCAUACAUGCUGUCCUGCAGCAGUCACUUUCAGCCCUUCCCUCCUUAGCCACACGCAACACUCAAAGCCUAUUAAUUCCAAGGAUUGGAAACAUUGCUCUUAUUUGUUCCAGUGCUGCAAGUAACCCUUUGCAUGCUAGGGAAGUGCUCUGUCAUGGAGCUGUAGUGUGUGUAUCAUGCCAUAAAACAGUUUGAAAGACCACAGAGACAGUUUAGCUGUAGUUCUCUAGAACAGAUAUGCACCUGGAGGGAGAGCUGCCUACAGAGAAUGUUUUCUUUUUGGUUGGUUGUUUGGGUUUGGUUUUGGUUUUUGUUUGUUUUUGUUUUUCUUCAAGACAGGGUUUCUCUGUGUAGCCCCAGCUGUCCUGGAACUCCCUUUGUAGACCAGGCUGGCCUCGAACUCAUGGAGAUCCAGCUGCCUCUGCCUCCAAAUGCUAGAAUUAAAGGCAUAUGCCACCACUGCUUGGAGAGAGAAUGCUUUCUAUAUUUAACAAAAGAGGAUAGUUUUUUUUCAAUGGCUGUGGAAGAUUGAACUACAUGUUGGCCUCCUAUCUCUGAGGAAUACACAGUCUGCUCUCCAUUCGUCCAAGGUCUCACACCCAUGGGUCUACUGACCACAGAACCAAAACAUCAUGUGGUUUUGUGGGGCUUUUUAUUUUGAUUUUGUUUUCAGGAGUGUUUUUGAGACAGGGUUUCUCUGUGGCUUUGGAGCCUGUCCUGAAACUUGCUCUUUAGAUCAGGCUGGCAUUGAACUCACAGAGAUCCACCUGCCUCUGCCUCGUGAGUGCUGGGACUAAAGGUAUGUGCCACAAUUGCCCAGUUGAGUGUGUAAGUUCUAUGCAAAUACAAUGCUUUUAUGUAAAAAAUGACAUUGUAGUUCUGCUCCCUAUCAGAGCUCCUAGAAUCAGUUCCCUGCAGAUACCACGGGACAGUUGUAAUUCAUACCAACUGCUAUUGCCUUCUAGAUUAAAGGACAUCUUAGGUAUUGGGGACAGGACACAGAGAAACAAUAAAUGGGACCUCCUGAAACUGAAAAGCUUCUGUAAAGCAAAGGACAUGGUCAACAAGACAAAAUGGCAGUCUACAGAAUGGGAAAAGAUCACCAACCCCACAUCAGACAGAGGACCGAUCUCCAAAAUACACAAAGAACUCAAGAAAUUGGUCAUCAAAAGAACAAAUAAUCCAGUAAAAAAAAAAAAUGGAGUACAGACCUAAACAGAGAACUCUCAACUGAGGAAUCUAAAAUGGCUGAAAGACAUUUAAGGAAAUGCUCAACAUUCUUAGCCAUCAGAGAAAUGCAAAUCAAAACAACUCUGAAAUUCCUUCUCACACCUGUAAGACUGGCCAAGAUCAAAAACAUGACAAAAGAUGACAACUUAUGCUGGAAAGGUUGUGGGGUAAAGGGAACGCUCCUGCAUUGUUGGUGGGAUUGCAAGCUGGGAACGGCAGACCCUUGGGUCUUGCUCCUCUGCCUUACUCAUGAGAACUGGGUCGUCUUUCGUACCUCCUUGCUCCCACUGGGAUGUUUUUAGGGGAGCCGCUGACUAUCAUGAUCAGCUAUGGUUGCAGGACUACCAGCUGUUGGCCACAGAGCUGGAGGUGCAAGACUACCUAACACGUCCAGGUGGUGAGAACCAGCAGCGCCCCCAGAGCAUUUUGCCAGGUCCAAGCAGCGCCUGCCGGUUCCAUAGAGCCUGGACAGUGAAGUAAAGCAGCCAGAUACUCCAGGGCAUGGUCAGCACCCCAGCUUUCUCAGGUUCCCAAAAGAUGAACAGUGCCCUGCUGCCAGGUCAGCAGGAAGUAGUCUCGAGAACAUGGUAUCCUCAUCUCCGCUCAUCUGCUAUCCCUUUCUAACUCCUCACCUUUUUAUAAUGAGCAAAAGGGAGGAAUGUUAGUAUCCUAUUCAGGCAUCUCUACUGGCCUGCUCUUGGGGUCCUGACAGGAUGUGUCCUCAGCUGCAGCCACUAAGAGCAUCUCCUGUGCACAUUCACUACAUUCCCUUUUUAAAGGUGGGCCUUGCCCACCUCCCUUCUCUUUUCUUUCUUCUCUAUCUGUCCCCCCUUCUCUUCUCUGGCUGUCUCUCUGUCUCUUUCCCACCUCUCUCUCUCUGCCUUUCUCUUCUCUUCUGCUGCUCCUGUCUCCAGAGGCCAGUCUCCCCCCUCCCCUCCCUCUUUCUAUGUUCCCUUUCUCCUAAUAUUUUUAUUAGGAGAAAUUAGCCCCUUCACGUGAACUCUGUCACAUAGCAUCUUUCUCUCUUGUGCUGCCCUUUAAAUUACAACAUUCCUCAAAUAUAUAAUCCAAAUGCAAAGUGUAGGACUCUACCGAGCUGUGUCCUCUCAGCUGUAGCUGUUAAUGGUGCUUACAUUUCCCGGGUUGCUUAGAUGGAGAAAGUCAAGUCACUAAAGUGAGCUCAGCUUGACAUGUCCCUGCUCAAACCUCUAUCCUCAUUGGCUUAAAAAAGCUACAUGCCCCUGAUCCUAUGAAUCUGACAGACCCCUACAUCAUGGUGACUGCCCAGGCAAAGGCUGGGGCUACCAAUAUUUCAUCAGCAUGUCUUAGCUUAUUAUAGCCAAAGUGCUCUCUCUGCCCUACAUACCCGGAUCCUGUAGUGUGCCAGAAAAGCAUAUUUGAUUCAGUUCCAUGACGCCACAGAAAGCAGAACAUAGAAGUUCCCCCCUCUUGCUUUUCCUCCCAUUCCUGAUAUAGAAGAUAUAAAGCAGGCACACUAAGCCACAGGCUUCAAGGCACAAGACUCAAAAGACACGCACGGCUAAGUCAGGAAAUGAAAACUCUUAGCCUGGUAAAUUAGACAAAAGCUGUGUGGCAAGAGCUGAAAUUCGUGAAACCCAUGAAAUGGUUUAUGAAAACCCUACAGCUGAGGAGAGAAGGAAGGAUGGGGCAGAUUGAGAGACAUCGGAGUGGAAACCUACAUGUGCCCAUGUCCACACGCACACAGAGUAUGAGAAACUUCACAACUGUGUGAGGAAUUUGUGGAGAUUUGUGGGUAAUUAAGACAGUCCCACUCCCAGGUGCUCAGGGAAGGCUCCUGCUGCUCCUGGGAUUCCCAGAGUGCAGUGCUCAUUCCUGAGCUGGAGCCUGGCCUCCCAAGGUCUGCAAACCUUGCUCCCUCGACUUCCCGUCUUACUUCAUGAGCAUGGAGUUUCCUAGGGAAGCAUUUUGUUCAGCCUUUCUCUCACUGCUUCGGAAACUCUUUAGAUGGGAAGAUGCUUUCUAUCCAACAUUCCCUGAAGGAGAGAUUUUUGCCACCAGGAAGCUUCUGGAAUCUCUCUUUAAUGUAGGACGGGAUCAUUGAAUGACUGGGAAGACAUAGUCUUUAAUGACUCGAGAUAGAUAAUAGUUUUAAAGUUGUUCCACCUUCAAGCAAAAUGACCAUAUGUAUCAAAUAAAGGUGCAUCCUGCAAAGGGGCACCAGCCUUA